AGUAUAAAGCUUCAGCGCAACAAAACAUUUCAGACAUAGACACUGACUGCGCAGUACGAGUGACUUGGUUUUUUGGCAGUUAACCGAAUUUUAUUUCAAAGGGAAGAAUGAAAAACGUGACAGACACUUUAGCAACAACGAUCAUGCAAUCAGUCAUAACCUAUAACGAUUAUGAUGAAGGGUCUAUGACCGACUAUUACAACACUUUGGAGUCCCCAUGUGACAAGAGUGAUGUGCGAACCUUUCGCAAACAUUACGAGCCUCCGCUCUACUGGCUCAUCGUCAUCCUGGGCUCCAUGGGCAACUUUCUGGUCAUCUGGAUCUACACCCAGUUCAAGAACCGCCUGAAAACCAUGACGGACGUGUACCUGCUGAACCUGGCCGUGGCGGACCUGCUCUUCUUGUGCACGCUGCCCUUCUGGGCUGCGGACGCUGUCAACGGCUGGACCUUCGGAACAGUUCUGUGCAUAGCCGUGUCGGCGGUCUACAAGAUUAACUUCUUCAGCAGUAUGGUCCUGCUCACCUGCAUCAGCGUGGACCGCUACAUCAUGAUCGUGCUGAACACCAGAGCACACAACUUCAAGAGCAGCCUGCUGAAGUGCAGCAAGAUGACAUGUGUGGUCAUCUGGUUGCUGGCUGUGGUGCUGGCCAUACCCGAAUUCCUCUUUGCGCGCUCUAAAGUGGACAUGGAAGGCAACCGCUUCUGUGCCAUGGUCUAUUGGAACAAUGAAAAUAACCGCACAAAGAUACUGGUGCUCGUUCUCCAGAUCUGCGUGGGGUUCUGCAUUCCUCUCCUGGUGAUGGUCUACUGCUACGCCCAUAUUGCCCACACCUUGCUGAAGGCUAAGAACUUUGAGAAGCACAAAGCCCUGCGUGUUGUCCUGGCGGUCGUGGCAGUUUUUGUCCUCUCUCAGCUGCCGUACAACACCAUGCUGGUGGUGGCGGCUACCCAGGCAGUGAACACCACCAUCACGAACUGCAACCAAGCGCAGAGCUUCGACGUCGCCACCCAGGUGCUGAAGAGUGUGGCUUACACACACUGCUGCCUCAACCCUUUCCUGUACGUCUUUGUUGGCGUUCGUUUCAGGAACGACCUCAGAAGACUGUUCCAGGCCUGCCUGCCAGGCAGCAGCAAGAAAGGAAAGCACCGCACCUCCAUGAUGUUCGAUAUGGAGAGCACCACGGCUUUCUCACUGUGAAGGCCCACGCAGGAAGAUUUUGGGGCACGGAGAGUCAGUGUUCCACGUUCAAAGGACGAACUCCAUCUUAACAAGGGACUUGCCGCCUGCUGUUCUGGCGGGGCUCAAUAACAAUGCCGAGUGACACCUGAUAAUCAAACAUUCUAGAAAAAGUGGGAUGGGGCACAUUGAGACGGCGAAGCCCAGAAAGCUGAGAAGGAAUGUUCACCUCCCUCUGAAGACUGGUAAUGCCGAGCUCAGUGAGACAUGUUGGGUAAAUCCAGACACCUUUCUAAAGAUGGACUGUUAAGUUAAAUCCUUUCAAUUCAAAGGAUAUUGAAUUUGUCUUUUUUAGCAUUAUAUUUCUUCUGUUUACACUGAGUUCUAAAAGCUAUGAAUGAAAAGCUUCCAUUUCUUUCUCUAAGCAAAAUAUUCUGGACUCAUUGCUUUUUUGCCCAUUUCGUAAAUUUGGUGCAAGAAUGUUGUAUUUGUACAUCUGUAUGUGUUUACUGUUUUUAUGCUGCUGUAUGCUCAGUGCGUUCAGUGCGAAUGAGUUCAGGACCAAACUGAGCCAACUGUGACAUGCACAUGCUGCUGUUUUUGUACCAACAGAAUGAAUUAAAUUCCAGUUAAAAUAUA